AUGAAUAUAGCAUUCCCUGCAGAAUGUUUCGAAAGACAUUGCAAGGGAUCGAUUGAAGAGGAAAAGUAUCGGUCGAUUGGAGGGGAAAGGGGUGGAGCGAUGGCUCAAUUGCACUCUUUUAUAAUGGCUCCAGUACCUGUGGAUUUGUCAAAGAUUGACUUUCGACAAUUGCUCCGUAAAAAUGUUCCAGGAUCUGGACAUUUCAUGGGAAUGCGCUAUCAACGUGGUGGUAAUAUGCGUGGAGGCGGUUUGGGUGGCAUUUUGGGUGCGGUGGCUAGUUUUCUGCCUACAUUUAUGAAUUCUUUUGCUGGAAAACAACUGAUUAGUGCAGGCAAAGAUUUGGCAACGGAACUAUCACAAGGACAAGAUUUGAAAUCGAGUUUGAAAAGUGUUGCACAAAAAAAGAUGCGUCAACUAUCUGGCAACGGUCGUCGCCCGAGAAAAAACUAUAUAAAAGGCCGCAGUGUCACCGUUUUGAAACCUCAUUUUGUCUCUCAAACACCGCGCGACAACUUUCUCUAA